CCACAUUUUCCGUGCGAAACACAUCACUCGCUCGAAAAGUCAAUCAAGCGUUUGCGCAGACAACGAACGCGAACACAAAAGAAAAGGCACGAUGUUGCUGGCCCUUGUUGCACACUUACACUUUUGCGAGUUAAACGCAUUCGGCUUUAAUUUCUGUUGCUUCUAGCACUGUUGGGAUGGCAAUUAUGUGCCAGGGCUGCAGAGUCGUACAUAAGCAUUUUGGCAUUCUUUUGCCCGCUAAAUCACCAGGGAUGGAAAAUUAUUUGCGUUCAGAACGCAGGAUCAAAGAGUGACUACCAAUUUAUUAUUACUGGAAUUACAAAAUUUGUCAUAAAAGGUGACCAGCGCUAUAUUCUAACAAUUCUAAGCAUUUAA